UAAUAAAAUUGUUUAAAAUAUCAGAAGUGGUUGUAUUGCGCCCAAAAUGUCAUCAAACGAGGAUUCGCUUAGUUUAUACACAGUUGAACAAUUAAAAUCAUGGUUGCGUUCGCUCAAACAUAAAACAACAGGUAGUAAAGCCGAACUAAUUGUUCGCCUACAAAAAAUUCCUGAGGAGCUUCGUGGAAAUUUUCGAAACUCCAUGGUUGACGUUGACGCUGACGUUGACUGUACGCAAGCCAUCAUUGCGGAAAAAGAACAAGCUGAUGAAAUCAACGAAGGAGCGAGCAGUAUAAACAUCACCGAGGAGUGUGGUGAAUUUAGCAAUGGGAUUGUACCACAAUAUGACGCAAGUAAUCAAACGAGUGUUGAAAAGAAACAAAAAGAGUGUGAUGCAAACGAGUGGCGACUUUUAAAAAUCGAAUUAGAAUUGUUGAAGCGUGAGUGUGAACUAAAGAAGAUGGAAAAUGAACUUCUAAUGAGAGAAAAAGAACAGUUGAGAAAUAGUGAUAAUCAAACAAAAAACAUUUCCAAUAAGCAAAAGUUCGCAGAUGUUAAAGAACUUAUAUCUGAAUUUUCUGGUAGUGGUGAAUGCCUUAAGCUAUGGCAAGCACAACUAAAAAAUAUCCAGAGUGUUUACCAACUUGAUGAUAACAACCUAAGAGCAUUAAUUGCAAAUAAAUUAAAAGGCAAUGCGCUAAAGUGGUUACAUUCUCGAGAUGACUUGAUUUUAAUGCCAAUCGACAAGUUCUUAAAGGAAAUGAGCUCGCUGUUUGAAGAAAAAACAAGCAAUUUGAUGCUAAAGAAAAAGUUUGAAAUCAGGCAGUGGUUGACUACCGAAUCGUUUCGAGAAUAUUUCCAAGAAAAACUAAUUCUGGCAAAUAGAAUUCUAAUUGGUGAAGAUGAACUUGUAGAAUAUCUAAUUGAUGGUAUUCCGGAUAACACUUUACGUUCGCAAGCUAAAAUGCAACGAUUUCAUGACAAAUAUGAAUUGUUAGAAGCGUUUAGAAAUAUUCAAUUGCCACGAUAUAUAUCAAAGAAAAUGACAGCAGACAAUCAACAUGAGCAGUCGAAUAAUGGACAACAAACAACAAGAGUCGUGAGAUGCUACAAUUGCAACUCCGUUGGCCAUUUAGCAAGUGUAUGCCGAAAACCCAAACGAGAGCUUGGUGCUUGUCAUGUAUGCGCUGAAGUUGGCCAUUUAGCAGCAAAUUGUCCACAAAGGAAGAGCCGCCCUGUACAACAUGUCACAGAAUUGAUGGAAGGCGAUGAAUAUGAUCAUUAAUUGAUACGGGAAGCCCCAUUAGCUUUGUUCGCCAACAGUUCGUACCAGAUGUAGUAAUAAACAGAAAGAACAAUGUAUUUUUAAAAUAUAGUGGUAUAAACAAAAGUCCAUUAUCUAUUGUCGGAAAUGUAAACAGUUUUAUUUUUUUCAAAAAUAAAAGAAUUGAAUUAACGAUGUUAGUUGUAACAAAUGAAACAAUGACUCAUCCAAUUAUUUUAGGAAGAGACUUUUUAAGUAA